CCAGCAAAUGAAAAUGUAUUCUGUAGGGCUAUGAAAGAGCCCAAAGUCUGAUGUCAUGUAUAUGAACAGGGCUGCCCUGCAUAAGGUAUAUUACAAAUGCCUUAUGUGUGUUAUAAAGUAUGGUUGUUUCAUCUUUUAAGUCAGUGGCGGAACUACCGGGGGAGCAGGGGGUGCGAGCGGGCCAGGGCCCGCAGCCCCUCAGGGCCCCCGCUACUGUUAAGUUAACGUUUUUAAAAAUGAUUUGCCUUCCUGUGCUCCCACUUUCCAAAUUCAAAUUAGGGUCGCUGACCCCGGCAGCCAAACAACUGAAUGCUUUGUCCAGCUGCAACAUUUGUCACUUGUCUUGAUAUUCUGUCUUUUACCUAUCCAUUUCCCAAUCUCUCAUUGAUACCACUUCCUGGUUGUUAGGCUAAAUCAGACCCUAGCAACCAGACCACUGCUAAAGUUCCAAGCCAGGAGCUGCUUAACAAAAAGCUAAAACCAUUGACAACCACAAAAAUGAAGACCAACUGCCAGUUUCUGUCAGACGAUCAAUGCCUACGUGACGACACGAUAAAAGAUCAUUUAAAGGCGAACGAGCCAUUUUUGUUUAAGGCAACAUUGGCCUCGUCUGAAAGGUUCCCUCUGUGUACCAAGGUCACGUAAUACGUAGCAUGAACGUGUCUUUACUUUGUAAUGAAUACACACAUCUAACAACAAGCGGCCCUGUGACGUUUCCUAUAUACAACUAGCUGCCUGUUCUACGUCACCCACCAUCAACAUCCCCUCAAUGAGUCACAGUUGCAGCUAAAGACACCCAACAGCAGCUGCGACGCUUCUCUAGAACCGCGGGAACGCGAGCAGCCCCCAUUCUGUCUGCAUGUGGAAUCAAUGGGAGGGGAAACACACAAACAAACUAGGCCACACGUGACCCGCUCUGUCACUCACCCUGCCACUUAGCCUCAAGCGCCCCGCCCCCAUCCUUCCACCGCGCUGGUUGGCAGUGAGUUCAGCGUAUCCGCCUAUAGGGGCGCUGUUGGAGCAAUUGACACGGGUGUCAUCACAGCGCAUGCGUGUUUGCUCCCUUUCCUCGUUGUGAUCCUGCCUGUCCGGGCAGCCCCGGCGACAUGAGGCGGAUACAGCGUCAGUAAUGCUGGAGGCGAUCUCCGGCCGGCCUUGGGCGCCGAGCCCCCCAAACUUGGUCUCUUGGAGGAUUGUAAAGGAGUAAUCGGUGCAUGUCUUUCUUUUCUUUCCCGUUUCCUUUGGCCGGGCCCCCCGUAGAUGGUGUCUGGAGAGCCGGUGGUCGUGGCAGCGGAGGAAGAGCUCCCCACUAGUAUGAAGGAGAUGAUCGGAGGCUGCUGUGUGUGCUCUGACGAAAGAGGCUGGGCCGAAAACCCACUGGUUUACUGCGACGGGCAUGGCUGCAAUGUGGCGGUGCAUCAAGCUUGCUAUGGCAUAGUUCAAGUGCCAACCGGACCUUGGUUUUGUAGGAAAUGCGAAUCUCAGGAAAGAGCUGCCAGAGUGAGAUGUGAAUUGUGUCCUCAUAAGGAUGGAGCUUUAAAAAGAACAGACAAUGGGGGUUGGGCUCACGUGGUAUGUGCACUAUAUAUACCCGAGGUUCAGUUUGCUAAUGUUUCUACAAUGGAGCCGAUUGUGUUACAGUCUGUGCCCCAUGAGAGAUACAACAAGACUUGCUAUAUUUGUGAUGAGCAAGGAAGAGAGAGCAAAGCUGCUACUGGUGCUUGUAUGACCUGCAAUAAACACGGAUGUCGACAAGCCUUCCAUGUUACUUGUGCGCAGCUUGCUGGACUUCUUUGUGAAGAAGAAGGGAAUGGCGCAGAUAAUGUUCAGUACUGUGGUUAUUGUAAAUAUCACUACAGCAAACUGAGAAAAUGCAAACUGGGAUUUAGUAGAUCUUUUGACCAAAAUUUAAGUGACUCUUCCUCUCACUCUCAGGAUAAAUCAUAUGAGAAGGAGAAAAACAAGCAUAAAGAGAAAGAAAAGCACAGGCAUAAAUCCAGAAAGCAAAUGGAGCCACUGCCAGCAUUAGUCCCCUCACUGACUGUGACUACUGAAAAGACUUAUACCUGCAGCAGCAGCAGCAACAACAACAACUCUGUGACAAGCUCAGUGAAGCGCAUAGAAGAUACUACUGCACGGUUUACCAAUGCAAAUUUUCAAGAGGUUUCUGCACAUCCUACUAGCGUAAAGGAAGCACUUGAAGCCCGGAUUUCUGACAUGAGAGGAAAGAAAGCUCCAAGUCACAGCACCUUACAAAGGGGAAGAAAAUCUAGCAGUGGAAGGAAUUGUGCUGUCUCUGCAACAGCAACAAGUCCCUUCCAGCAAGCCCAUUUUUCAGGAACACCAAGCAGUGUUAAGUCAUCCUCUGGAAGUUCAGUCCAGUCACCGCAGGAAUUUCUUAGCUUCACAGAAUUUGACGUUCGAAGUGACAGCUAUCAUCACUCUCAGCAACCAGCGUCCACCAAAGAUGCACCUAAAGGAGAGCCUGGAUUGCAGGAAGGGACAAUAAACAGUUUUAGCUCCUUAAUUCUUCCUACAAAUCCAGCUCUGUCUUUCCAAACAAAAAACUAUGAAAGUGUUUCUGGGGAUUAUGUGAAUAGCAGCCUUACUGUAGCAGGAUACAAGCGCUUGCAGUCCUCUGUUCUAGAUGAAGAUACAGUAAAAGAGAAGAAGCGUAAAGGAAGUAAGCAGAGCAAGCACGGCCCUGGUAGACCAAAAGGGAGCAAAAACCAAGAAACUCUGUCCCAUUUAUCUGCAUCUUCCGCUUCUCCAACAUCAUCUGUGGCAUCUGCAGCCGGGAGCAUAGCAAGCUCUGGUAUUCAAAGGUCUCCCACUUUGCUCAGGAAUGGAAGCUUACAGAGUUUGAGCGUUGGGUCAUCCCCGGGCGGUUCAGCAGGUUUAUGCAACUGCAAUGAUGUCCCCACGUCCUUUCCCAGUGCUUUGUCUGGUUCCAGCACUCCAGUCUCCAUUUCCCACGUACUACAACCAGCAGCAGCAGCUCAUUUGCAGCAAGGAGUCACCUCUUCCCCUUCAUCAUCAGUCACUGUUUCAGCAAGCACCACAGCAACUCAGGUAUCCUCACUCCCUGGAUCCACACUUGCUGCCUCUUCAUCUCAAACAUAUGGCAGCAGGCUCAAUCUAAUAUCUGCUGCAGGAACUCUUCCAGGGCCGAGUGAUAAUGCUCAGCCAGAUCAAGAUGCUGUAGACAAUAACCUCAACCUUCCAGCAAAAGGAGCCUCCCCCAAAGGAAGUCUUUCUCCAUGGUCUCCUCUGAACAGUCUCGCCACCUCUCGCUUUGAGCCGUCAGGAAACAGUAGUCUGGAGAAUGUGCCCCCAGUUGCCACCAGUAUAGAGCAGCUCCUGGAGAGGCAGUGGAGUGAGGGGCAGCAGUUUCUGCAAGAGCAAGGAACCAAUAGUGACAUUUUAGGCAUGCUGAAAUCACUGCACCAACUGCAGGUGGAAAACAGGCGACUGGAGGAACAGAUAAAGAACCUGACAGCCAAAAAAGAGCGCCUUCAGCUCUUAAAUGCGCAGCUUUCUGUCCCCUUCCCAACAAUCUCAUCGAACCCCAACACAUCCCCUCAAGUGCACAUGUACCCCUUACAGAAUGUAUCUAACAGUGAUUCCUUAAACAUCAGUAAAAGCCCUCACUUCGGAAACUUCCACAUGGACAACACCCUUCCAGUUCCAAACCAGGAACUCACAUCAAGCAGACAAAGCACCAGCAGUUCUUCAUCUCUUUCUACACCACCCCCAGACAGGCAGAGUCCAGCACAGCAAGUGCAGGGUGUUCAUAGAAUAAAUGGCGUGGCAAUGGGAGCGCUAGCAAGUGGCAUUCAGACAGUCACACAAGCUCUUCCUAAUGUUGCGAGUGUGGGCGCAAUUAUUGGAGCCUUGCCAGCUAACCAGCUGUCUAUUAACUUUGGAGCUCUGAAUGGGGUGAUGCAGAACCCAGCGAACUUGCCUCAGACUACUGCUCUGACACAUGGAUCCAUAUUGCCUAAUGUGACGCACCCCAUAACGUCCUCAUUAACAAACAGUGCCUCCGGACUAGGGCUGCUGUCAGACCAACAAAGACAGUUGCUCCUCCAUCAGCAACAACAACAGUUUCAGCAUAUUCUGAAUUCUCAGCAGCUUACGCCUGAACAGCACCAUACUUUCUUAUAUCAGCUAAUGCAACAGCAUCACCAACAUCAACAGCACCACCAGCCAGACCUGCAGCAACUUCAGAUUCCUGGAGCAGCCCAGUUGCCCUUGAGUAGCCUGCUGGCAGGAGCACAAGCUGCCCCUCUUCAUUCCACCACUACCAACCCAUUCCUUGCAUUGCAUGGAGACACCACAGCUCAGAAAGUGUCUAGACUCGGAGAUAAAACCGGGCCGGUUAUGCAAGACAAAAGUUGAUUUCUAAGUGACGGAGAUGCACAUUAUCCUGCCAUUCGUCCCGCUGCAGACGGACGUCUUUCUUUUUGUAGCUAUGAAACAAUGCGACUGGAGAUAAGACUGCACAGAAUAUUCAUAUGUCCAUCGCUUGUAGCAAGACAUACAGGCAAUACACUGCCUCGUGCUGCAGGCCCAGACUAACCUGCAGGGAUGUACAGGGGCAGCCUUUCUCCUAAGGCAGAGGAUCCCCAACCUUUGUUACCUGUGAGACCAAUUUAAAUGUAAAAAGAGACGGGGAGCAACACAAGCAUGAAACAAAAUGAAGGCUCAUUUGUAGCCCCUAUGUGGACUGGUAGCCUACAGGAGGCUCUGUUUGGGACUACACCUGGUUUUUAUGCACCAAAACUUGCCUCCAAGACUGGAAUUCAAAAAUAAGCCCCUGCUUGGAGCCCACUGGGAGUAACAUCCAAGGGGUUGGUGAAAAACGUGUUGCUCAUGAGCCGCUGGUUGGGGGAUCACUGUCCUAAGGCUUCUGAAUGUUUAUUGAUUCUAGUGUCCUUCUAGUUUUGAUGCACUGAAAUAUGACUGUUAAGCAAGAGUCCAAAUACAAUGCUGUCGUCGCCGGCAGAUGGAAAUCAAACGUUGGACUUGAUGCUACUAAAGGAAACAGCCCAAUUGUCCGACUCCUUAGCUCAGCAGGUAUCAGGCAUUUGACCUAACGCUUGCUAUCAUUGUGCUGCAACGCUCGGUUCAGUUACCCACAAGUGCUUUUGUGCAUCCGCGUCUCUCCAGGGAUCACUGGAAGUUAUUGAUGCAAAAGCAAGACGUUCCCUUUGGAUGUGUCUAUCCCAGCAGUUCCUUUUCUACAGACAUUUUCUGAAUGCAGAGAGUUCGCAAUAAGAGCCGCCAUUUUCUCCGGAACUGCUUUCCUACGUUUGUAAGUGCCUGUUGCAAAGCUCAAAGAGCAAACCUGUGCACACCUAUAGUGGGGUUCUGUUUAUAAGCAGCAGUAAGUAUUCACGUUGCACUAGUAGCUGUCUUCAAUGCCACUACUACGCCCUGUGGUACGUAUUUAUUUUUCAGCAGCGAUGAGUUAUGCAACCUCAAAGCCCUGACACUUUUUUUGUGAUCUCUUCUAGUUUUUUUUUAAUGCGCUAGUGAAUUCCUAGAACAAAGACAUAAGUACCUUUUAAAUCAGGAGUGCCCAUACUUUACUAAUGCCGGGUCUACUUUUAUUGAUGUCCCAUUAGGAUCUACAUCCAUAAUAUCAGUAUUCUGUUCCUUGGAAAAUUACUACUUCAAAUUAUUAAAUUCAAAUGAUUAUUUCAGUACUGAUUAAUGGGAAAUUGUAGAUUAUUAUAUUUAACAAACAUCUAUUUCUUAUGGGACCUUAACAUAAUAAAUAACUGAAUGAAAAGCAUGAAACAGGAGGGGGAUUUAGACAAGUCUUGAGAUCUACUAAUCACCAACUAAAGGUCUACUGGUAGAUCCCAAUCUAACUGUUUUAAAUCAUCCACUAAUAUUAAGGGGCAUAUUUAUUAAGGUCGAAGUGAAAAUUAGAAUUUUCGAUUUUUUUUUUUUUUUUAUUGGUCAAAAUUCUCAUUCGAUUUGUGAAUUAGCCAAACUCGAUUCGAAAUUCGCCACCUUAAACCUGCCGACUUGCUGUAUAAAUCAAUGGGAGAGUUUAGGGAUCAAUUUGGUGAUAUGAAAGAAAUUGGUGCACAACGCCUAUAAUUAUACCAUUAUUAAUCAGAAAAAAAUUAUCAAAAAAUAAUGAAUGAGGGGAGAAAAAUACUCACAGUUCACCCCAGUCCAAAACCGCAAGAAGUUGUGAGUUUUCUCCAAAAGUAAAGACAAAAGUUAAGAUAAAAAACUCAACUAAUUUGUCCCAAUAAAUGGUUUGAAUUUUUUAUCUUAACUUUAUUCUUGACUUUUGGAGAAAACUCGCAACUUUUUGCUGUUAUCAAUUUGCGGAUGUUUGCAGCCUUGCUGACAUUCAAGGUUUUUUUUUAAUCCGAUUCAAGUUUUUCUAAUUCAAA